GCCCUCCACACGUCAAAGCCACAACAAGGGGGGGGGGGGGCAACCAAUGAGCUGCUGCGGGCUCCCGAGUGGAGAGGGGCCGGGGAACUCGCACACAAAAUGCCCAUAGGCGAGAGAUCGCCGGACCACUUUGCAACCUACAAGUCUUGUUGUUUUCUCCUCCUCCUUUGCACAAGUUUGUUCGCGCUCCACGACGCGCACGGACUCUCCAAGGAUCGGACCCGGUCCACUUGGAGGACUUUUGGGGGGAACUGAAGCCGUUCUUCUUGUUGUUGUUCGCCGAGAUCCGGGCGGAGAGGAAGAGGGGGUGCAAUGGAGCGCUGAGAUGGAAUGAUUUGUCCAUGAAAAAGUUCCCCAAACAACUUUGGGCGUCUCGCGUUUUGGAUAAAUGGGCACGCGUAGUGUUGACGCAGCCGGGAUUCCACGGCAGCCCGUUGAAGGGGCUCGCGUUUUCGGAUUAACCUUCCUGGAAGCGGCGUUCAAGUUUGCCCGAUGACUCUGCUGCGAGCUUUAGCGUGCACCACCACCACCAUGGCAACCUUCGGCGCGAUGGCGCGGACUCUCCGCCGCUCGCUCGGCCCGCUAACGUGCGUGCUUUUGCUCGCGGCGUUGUCCGCCGCCUCGCCGGCCCACGACGGGAGACUGAUCUGCUGGCAGGCCAUCUUCAACUGCCGAAGUGAGCCCGAGUGCAAUUACGCCUACGAUCAAUACCAGCGCGCCUGCGCGCCGGUGCUGAAAGGGGACAGGAAGUGCCCCAGCCAUUGCAUCGCGUCCCUGGUGCAGCUCAAUUUAACCCGCAACGGACCCUCGCUGGAGGACUGCAGCUGCGAGCGCGACAAGGCGUGCGCGCUCACCAAGCAGGCCAUCGAGCCUUGCUUGCCCCGGAUUACCAGCUCCGGGUGCACGGCGGCCCGGGCGCAGUGCCUGAAAGACCCGCCGUGCAACUCCGCCUUGGACGACUACAUGAGACACUGCGGCAAACUUUUCAGCAGCCCCGUGUGCACCGACGCGUGCCGCAACGUGAUCGCCACCAUGCGCAAAAUCCCCAAGGGCCAGCAGCUGGACACUUGCAUGUGCGACGGCGAGGAAAGGCUCUUCUGCGAGUUUGUCAAGAGCAACAUGAAGCUGCGGUGCUUCGACGCACCGCAGGCGGAGGAGGGCAGCGGCUCGCACGACGACUACGACGCGGAGGAGGACGACGACGACUACGCGGAGUCGGACUACUGGCCGGAGUCGGAAAGCGGAGCUUCUCGAGCGGAGGUCCGCUGGGUUUCGACCCUCUUGCUGGCAUCCAUUUUGGCUCUAACGCCCCUCUUUUGAUCAUCGGCCUGGGGACUGCGUGGACGUUUGAAUACAGACUUUAGUGGAGAUUCUAUUUUCUAUGCAAAUGGCACCAGAGGGGAUACUUUGAUAGCUCACACAUUCACCAGAUGCUCGGCUCAUGCAUUGCGAUAAACUACACGAGAUUGUUCAACUUUUCACGUGGAGCCUGAUAAGAGUCCAGCAGCAGUGUUUCAAUCCACGUCAUGCUGUGUACUGCCAAUCUUUUUCUAUAUUUUUGUUUUUCUUCUCACACACACACACAAAAAAAAAGAUAUGAGCUAUUUUUAUAUGACUGACUGUUGUCUUUUUGGGCAUCUGAUUUUACAAGUAUUUAAUGCUGGAAUCGAAAACAAAUGUACAUAACAGAAGGGUGAAAGAGAAAAUAAUUUAUUACAUGCCAACUACUCACAUCCAAAUGUUUGUCGUGUGAUUAAAAGACCCCAGAAUUCCAGCCAGCUUUAAAGGGAAGUUCUUAUCGUCUGCAUUCUUUUUGUACAUUGUAUAUAUGUGUAUAGCCGAUAUAGAUUUGUUUCUUACCUUCCUCAGAGAAUCCUCUAUGGUGCAGGCUAUGUGCUGAUUUAUGGACUGUGUGUAGCCUAUAGAAAGAAAUGUCUAAAUCCACUGUAUGGUUGCCUUAAUGAUAUACUUUUAAAGAAGGCAUAAAGGAAAACUUGAAUACAUCA